AUGGAGCAACUGAUGGCGAUGCUCGGUGGUGGCAAGAAGGGCGCCAUGAUCGCCGAGGACAAGGCCCUCCCCGGCCGCCAGCAGGCGAUGAAGGUCACCAACAAGCACUACGUCCUCGGCAACCCCAUCCAGGAGCCCUUCCCGGAUAACCUCGAGACGUGCGUCUUCGCCACCGGAUGCUUCUGGGGCACCGAGAAGAUGUUCUGGCGCGUGCCGGGAGUCUACUCAACCUCCGUGGGUUACUGCGCCGGGUACACGCAGAACCCCACGUACGAGGAGGUGUGCAGCGGCCAGACCGGUCACACCGAGGCGGUCCAGGUGGCGUGGGAUCCCACCGUCAUCUCCUUCGCCGAUCUCCUCUCCAUGCACUGGACCUGCCACGACCCGACGCAGGGCAUGAGACAGGGCAACGACGCGGGCACGCAGUACCGGUCCGGUAUCUACUGCUCCACCAAGGCGCAGCUCGAGCUGGCGAAGAAGAGCGCGGAGGUGUACGGCGCGGCGCUCAAGGCGGCGGGCGCGACGCGGGACAUCACCUCCGAGAUCAACGGCCCGGGCGAUAACUGCGUGUACUACUUUGCUGAGGAUUACCACCAGCAGUACCUGGCCAAACCCGGGGCGAGGCCCUACUGCAGCGCGCAGCCCACCGGCGUGCCCGUGCCCGAAGAGUUCCUCAAGGAGAACGGCGCCAAGCUCAGCGCGGGGUACUGGAAGAAGUACGGACCCAGGCCCGGAUGCACCAUCCAGGUGUCCAACGAGCCCGUGCCCGUCGAGGAGGCCCUCAACGCGUGA